AUGAAACGAGAUCUUGGCUUGCUUGAUGAGCAGAGAGAUGAAGCCGCCGAGGAUGGAGCAGGAGAACACACAAAGGCUAGAUACCAUAGCGUACUCUACAUAGCUCUCGGACCCAUUUGUGUCCUGCUAAUUAUUACCAUCAUUGUCGUGCUAUUGGAUGAUUAUAAAAAAGAAAAACAAAAGAAAGAAGAACGUGACCUGAGAAGACUGCAGGGCGAAGCGCAGCAAAAAAUCGAAAGACAGCUCUGA